AUGGGCUAUAUAAGAACCAACGGCGCGUUUCCUCGUUCUUUUCACAUGCGGCUUCCGCGGAGGUAAGAUGUCUUUUUGGGGAAGCGGUUGGGUGGUGGGGCUGGGGAAUCCUUUGCCAUCGGCUCCCUUCCUUGUUUAUUACACGAUGCGUGCUGGUUCGAGCUGUUCCUCAGAACCCCUUUAACCCCCUUCGCCCUAUAUUGACAGUUUUAUUUUCUCGGUUAGGAAAUCCGGGGCGGGGGCGGGUGGGAAUGUUGCUUCGCAUUUGAAGCUUUGAGUUUUGCAACCGAGGGCUAACUUGUUGCAGAGGGGAAGCUUUCUCGUUAUUUUUCCUUCUUAUCCGGGGCCCCCUCGCCUUUCCUAUGGGGCCAGUUCACUUGCAUGCUCUUAAAAGCCCGAUUUUAUUUAAUCGCCCCUCCCCCCGCGUAUCUCAACUUGCAGCCAUACCGAUCGGAUCCUAACUGGUGCACAUGAUGACUUAAAACUUUUUUCCCCAUCAGAGCGUCAGUGUUGAUCUCUUUGCUGUUACAGCCAGAAUCGUCUGAUGCACCAGUGUUUUAACAGCGAGAGGGGAGGGCGGUUGAGAGUCUCUUGAGCCCAAUUCAUGCAGUUUGCAAGAGCAAAUCUCUAUCGGUUAAUCUGACUGGUGGGUGCCUUUCCGUUUAGGGCGACGAUGCCGCUAGGCAUGCACAGAGGGAACUGCUGCAAAAAUCGAGCUGGGCGCAAGGAGGCGAUGGAGUCACCCGAAACCUGCACGCAGUCUGAGUACACGUGUGAGUUUCUGGCUUCAAUUCUAUUUUUCAUGGAGACACCAGCCACCUAUGAUGUUUUAAAGGGUUUAAGUUUGUUAAUAUUACACAUACAGAAGGCUGAAGGCCGCAAUCCUCAUUUUUCAGGAGUUAAACUUGUUGAACUCCAUGAGACUUGCUUUUGAGUAAGUAAACUAGGAUUAUACUGCCUCUUACUCUAAUGCAAACUCAGUAAAUUCUGCUGGCUGCAUUUCUAGAUGUUAACGUGGUACUAAAGGGUGGAUCUUCAUAGUAUGGAAUGCUUUGAGCUAAGUUUUGUUUUGAGUAAACACCUUAAAAUUCAUAAUAAAACUUAAUUGAGCACACAUGUGAGUGCCUGAUUGUUGCCUAUUUGUAAAUAUUUUUAAAGGAAAGAUUGUGAUUUUUGUGUAACACUAUUUUGUACUGAAGUUUUCUGUUACUAGAGUAGCACAUGGGUCAAAAGUACCUUUCAAUAAGGAAUCAACUCAGUAUGUUGGUUUGGCCUCUGAGAACAGGGUGCUAGACUAGACUGCUUUUUGUAAACCCAAAUUUGUGUAUCUCUGCAGAAUUAAUACACAGUUUACAAUAUAUUGGCUGCUACUGUAUUUUUGAACCCACUGCCCACAUGUUUCUGGCCAUUGUGAUUUGGUUAGGCAGCUUCAUUGUCAAAUUCAUUUUGGUGCUGGACUCUCAGGCAGCUUUAUGGUGGGCUUAAAAGGGGUCGCAUAAUGGAACCAAGUAUUCCAGAAUCCUGAUGUAUAGUUGCAAUUUGUCCCUCAAACUGCUGCAUACGGCAGCUGGAUUUAAUUCCAGGAAUGGCCAUGUGGCCGGAAGAUAGCAUUCAUUCAGUUGAGGGCAGUUCUAACUUCUGUGCAAUUUUUUUUAAAUACACGUUUUAUUAGUUUUUUUAACAUAUCAUUUUCAUCAGUAAUUAAACAUACUUUUACAUCUUAUUCAAUUUUUUUGACUUCCAUCAGUCCUGUCUGAAAAUUUUCCGAUCUAAUCUUAGUAUGCAUUUCUUAUUUUCCCUGUUUUUCAAACUCAUAACCAAUAACUCAUAUCUUUUUCUGCUUUGUAACACUUCUUAUAUUUCUCCUUACAAAACUUCUUGUAGUCCUACUAGCGUAAUUUGUUGAUUACAGUUGCUCUUCAAAUAAUUCAAACUUCUGUGCAAUUUAAGCCUUCCUGUUGAUAAAACAUAAGAUGGUUGAAAGUCCUUAAAACAGUAACUAGAAGUAGCCUUACAGUUUCUUGUGUGCGGCAGCUGUCUCUUCCUUGCUAUGGUCUCUAGCUGAUGUUUGUGAUGACCAACACUUUUUUCCCCAUCAGAGCGACACUGUUGAUUUGUUGCUGCUUUAGCCAGAUCUUUGUCUGACGACAUCAGCAUAAUCUGUUUCUACAGCAGGCUACCCUUGGUUCGCAAAUAAAUAAAACAACAACUCUUUGGUUUUCUGUAUCAUUUUUAGGAUCGGAGUGAGCCUGAAGUUUAAUCAUUGAGGUGGGCCCAUGCAGAAGAGAUGGGUGACUUGAAAUAAAACCUUGAAAGGAGGACAUCUUGCUCUGAUCCUACACAAGAAGCAUGGAAGGUAGAGGGUUUGCAUUUUCUUGUUCUGUUUAAUUUAGAAAAGAUAACCUGAGUAGGGCAUCUUAGGAAUCUUACGCAUGUUGUUGUAGCAGGGAAGUUGAUGUGUAGCACUCUCAAUUUUGGUUCUCCCCCACCCAUCAUCUUUAAUUUCUUAAUUCCUACAACAUCUCAGAUGGCAAGUCAUCAGGUAUGCCUAAGCAAGGACGUAUACUCUGUAUUAAGGCACAUUUCCCCCAUAACCCUUAAAUCAACCCUAAAGUUGGCCAGUAUUAAAGCCAAUUAUGUAUAUCCCACUUUUUCCCCCCAGAACCGGAACUCAAAUGAGACUUGCAAAAAUUAAAGCAAACACAUCACACAGAAAGCUAAAAAGCUGUAUAAGAUAAUAAUUUAAAAAGUAAUUAAACUAUAAUAAAAUUAAUAUGACGUAACGAUGGGAGUUGGGGGGUUAACGACGUGUGGAAGUUAAGUGUACCUAGUAUAAAUUAAGCAGACAUGAAUAAAAAACACAGGACUGGUUCCCACUAAGGUGGUAAACCUUAGGCUUCAAGUGGGUCUUUACAUAAUUGCUUCUCAGUCAGUUUUCUGUACAUGGAAAACUUAGAGGGGUGGUGAGGGCUAGUCUGGAGGUCUCCCUGAAAGCCUCGUUUUCUGUAUGCAGGGACUAAAUAGUACAAAGAAGCCCAUGAUCAUGCGAGGCCCCUUCAGGAUAUCAUUCAGCCACAGAUUGAUCCCAGUGCGAAGUAAGCAUCUGUGUAUUGGAUUAAACUGUCAGCCAUACAUUCUUCGCAGUCUUUGCAGGGUUGUACAAAAUAGAACUUGGAAAUCCUAUUUUGAGUUUAGUUAUUCCCCCGAAGUAGGCAUAGCACUGGAAGCUCUGGUGUUGCAAGUGAAGUCAAAAGGCCCAUUCAUACGCAGUUUUAUGCUCAUGUUGACUCAGUCUUGUGUGAGCCUGUCCUCACUAAGCCUUGAGGCUUAUGCACUCUCCUCCCAUCUUGCGUGAUACCCUGCUGCCCUGAAGCAUGUGUUCAUUUGAAAAUUCACCGGUGCGAUACAAAGCAAAAUUUUCCCUUUCUUUACCAUGCUCCCUGUUUCUUUUUUCAGACUGCAGGACCGUAUGUCAGACUGAAUGCUUGGGAGGAUGGCAAGGGAAAUUGUGAAGUCUUCCAAGUGCUGUAAGUUUUGCAAGACCAAAUGGCCAUUUAGAAGAGUGUGGCAGGGCGCUCACAUGGCCAUGGCGUGCUAUUCAGUGGUACAUGAUGACUUAAUCUUUUUUCCCCAUCUUAUCGGCAAUGCUGAUAAAACAUGCGUUCUAGCCAGAUGGUCUGAUUCCACUGAUGUCCAAAUCUUACAUUGCAUGCUUUUGUAAUGCACUUCAAAGACAGAAGCCUAAUGUAAAUAUUCUGCUAUAAAUGCACACUGCUUGCUGGAUUUUCAUGAUGGGAGCAUGAGGGUUGUGGAUAAUGAGAAGGUGCAGGCAACUUCCCCAAGACUGCUGACCUCUUGAUUCUUCGGUUUAGUACGUAACUGGUGCAGGAGGGUAGAUUUGAGAUCUGCCUACCUAGUGUAAUGUACAUACCUAUUGAAUGGUUAUUGCACUUGUGUGAAUAGAUGGAUAAAUGCUUUCCUUGCCUUUGAAUAGCUGGCCAGUUUUAUAAAACAAUUCAAACAACAACAGUUUCGUGCUGUAGGAGCUAAUGUAGCAACCUUUAUUUGUUGAGCCCUUUACUGUUUUGGCUUCAGGGUAGAUUUAAGAGCCCCUAAGGAGGAGAUAAGUUUUGUUGUUUAGUCGUGUCCGACUCUUCGUGACCCCAUGGACCAGAGCACGCCAGGCACUCGUGUCUUCUACUGCCUCCCACAGUUUGGUCAGACUCAUGUUUGUAGCUUCGAGAACACUGUCCAACCAUCUCGUCCUCUGUCAUCCCCUUCUCCUUGUGCCCUCCAUCUUUCCCAACAUCAGGGUCUUUUCCAGGGAGUCUUCUCUUCUCAUGAGGUGGCCAAAGUAUUGGAGCCUCAGCUUCAUAGCCAUCUUCAAAUAUUUUAAGGGCUGUCAUGGAGGAAGAAGCCUGCUUGUUUCGGGGUGCAAAGCAGCUGCUCUUUGUCACGUAAGCCAGGAAGCCUUUUUUGCUGUUGCAAGCAUUCAUUAAUAGAAUAAAAUGGUCAUCCCCUCAAGCAGAAGGAAGACAUAAGUUAGUAACACAAGUGGCUUUGUUGGCACAUGAGCAUGGUAAUUAACUUAUUCCUACCUGCGGUCAAUGGGUGGCUAAACCUUCUCGGUUUCUUUCAACAGGCACAAGGGUUCCUGGUUCUUGGAAUGGAUGGCUUGA